AGUCAGUAAAACAAUGCUCACAUUCCUCUUCUGCAUCUCUACUUUGCUUCCUUGCAUUUAUUCCAGAACUGGAAACCAUCACCACAAACACCAACACCAUCAACAUAAAUCAUCAUCCAUUGCAUUGCCUCCAUCUCCAGACUCUCACAUUCCUGAUGAUCUCUCUCCUUCUAUUUCCCCUGCUCCUUCUCCAUUUUCUGAUAACAUUUUUAAUGUGAGAUCAUUUGGAGCUGUUGGAGAUGGUGUAGCAGAUGAUACUGAAGCCUUUAAGACGGCAUGGGUUUCCGCUUGCGAAGCUUCUCCGGCCGUCGUUCUUGUGCCGGCAGGCUUUACUUUUAUGAUACAAUCUAUCAUCUUCACUGGUCCCUGUCAAAAUGGCAUUGUGCUUCAGGUUGAAGGAGUGAUCAUGCCACCGGACGGUCCUGAUUCAUGGCCGGCGAACAUUCACAGAAAGCAAUGGCUAGUCUUCUACAAAGCCGACGGACUUAUUCUUCACGGAGGUGGACUUAUCGAUGGCCGCGGCGAAAAAUGGUGGAACCUCCCUUGCAAACCUCACAAGGGAGCAAAUGGAACCACAUUGCCAGGACCUUGUGAUAGUCCUGUGGCAUUGAGGUUUUUCAGUAGCUCAAACAUCACAUUGCAUGGCAUGAAAAUCAUAAACAGUCCUCAAUUCCACGUCCGGUUUGAUAACUGUAAGAACAUCACUGUGGACUCAGUUUCCAUAACUUCUCCUGCUCACAGUCCAAACACUGAUGGCAUCCACAUUGAGAACUCCAUCACUGCUUCAAUUCACAACUCAAUCAUCUCAAAUGGCGAUGAUUGCGUCUCCAUCGGCGCCGGAACCUUCAACGUCGACAUUAAUAAUGUCACAUGUGGCCCAAGUCAUGGCAUAAGUAUAGGGAGUUUAGGCAGACAAAACACACAUGCAUGUGUGAGCAAUAUAACAGUAAAGAAUGCAGUUAUUAAAAACUCAGACAAUGGAGUGAGAAUCAAAACAUGGCAAGGAGGGAGUGGAACAGUAUCAUCAGUGAAGUUCCAAUACAUUCACAUGGACAAUGUGAGGAACCCAAUCAUCAUAGACCAGUACUACUGCCUUAGCAAAGAAUGCGCAAACCAGACGAAGGCCGUCUCCGUGUCGAACAUCGAUUAUACUAACAUUAAAGGAACAUACGAUGUUCGAAGCCCGGCGGUUCAUUUCGGUUGCAGUGAUAGUAGGCCUUGCACUAAUAUUACUGUGAGUGAGAUUGAGCUUCUUCCUGCCAAUGGUGUUAGCAUUGCUGAUCCUUUCUGUUGGAAUGUUUAUGGUGCAAUGGAUACAAUCACUAUACCUCCACUUUUUUGUAUUUUGGAUGGUCUGCCAAGAACUAUCAUGGAUGAUGAUGCUGAGAAGUGUUAA